CGCGUCCCGGCCGCCGCCCGACCGCCAUCGCCCGGCCCCGAGGCGCGCGCGGAAGCAGACCAGGCAGAUCGGGAGCGGUGCCGAGAAAAAUUUUCUUACUAGAUGACAUUUCAUCGCAAUGUCCGAUCGUUUGGGGCAAAUAACCAAGGGCAAGGAUGGGAAAAGCAAGUACUCGACUCUCAGCCUGUUUGACAAGUACAGAGGAAGAUCAGUAGACGCGGUCCGGUCCUCAGUUAUUCCUAGACAUGGCUUACAGAGCCUUGGGAAAGUUGCCACAGCCCGGCGCAUGCCACCACCUGCAAACCUGCCAAGCCUGAAGUCUGAAAACAAAGGAAACGACCCCAACAUCGUAAUAGUACCCAAGGACGGAACGGGAUGGGCCAACAAGCAGGACCAGCAAGACCCAAAGAGUUCCAGUGCGACGGCCUCUCAGCCGCCGGAGUCGCUGCUGCAGCCGGGUUUGCAGAAGUCUGUCUCCAAUUUACAGAAGCCGACCCAGGCCAUCAGUCAGGAGAAUACAAAUUCAGUGCCAGGUGGACCAAAGUCAUGGGCACAGCUGAAUGGAAAGCCAGUAGGACACGAAGGUGGUUUAAGGGGCUCAAGCCGACUAUUAUCCUUCUCUCCCGAGGAAUUUCCGACGCUGAAAGCAGCUGGAGGGCAGGACAAGGCUGGCAAAGAAAAGGGCGUCUUAGAUCUGUCGUAUGGGCCAGGACCAAGCCUCCGCCCCCAGAAUGUGACAAGCUGGAGGGAGGGCGGUGGGCGAAACAUAAUUUCUGCCACUUCUCUGAACGCCUCCCCAACUGAGCUGGGCAGCAGAAGCGCGAGUGCGGGAGACGGAGCCCCCUCCUCGGCCUGUGCCAGCGAUCCUAAGGACCCCUCCCUCCGCCCGGCUCAGCCUGUCCGCAAAGGGGCUUCACAGUUCAUGGGGAAUGUGUACCACCCUCCUACUUACCAUGACAUGCUUCCUGCCUUUAUGUGCUCCCCGCAGUCAUCAGAGAACCAGGGUGCGGUGGAACGAGGCUCCUUCCCCCUUCCUCAGCUCCGCCUGGAGCCCCGGGUUCCCUUCCGACAGUUCCAGAUGAAUGAGCCGGAUGGGAAAGAAAGGCUGGGGUUGACUCGCCCGGUCCGUCCACUGAGGCAGCUGGUGGAGCGCGCACCACGGCCUACCAUCAUCAACGCAGAAAACCUGAAGGGCCUGGAUGAUCUGGACACUGAUGCAGACGAUGGCUGGGCAGGCCUCCAUGAAGAAGUGGACUACUCCGAGAAACUGAAGUUCAGCGAUGAUGAAGAGGAGGAGGAUGCUGUGAAGGACGGCCGGCCCACGUGGAACAGCUGGGAUCCAAGAAGGCAGCGGCAGCUGUCGAUGAGCUCUGCAGACAGCGCAGACGCCAAGCGUACUCAAGAGGAAGGGAAGGACUGGGGUGAAGCUGUGGGAACAGCCCGUGUGCCCCGGAAGGGACCAGAGCCUCAGCCCCCAUCCAGAAAGGUUCACGGCUGGGCAUCGGGCCCCGAUUACCAGAAGCCUGCGAGCAGUGUGUUCCGACAGCAGUCCGCUGAGGACAAGGAGGACAAGCCGCCCCCGCGGCAGAAGUUCAUCCAGUCCGAGAUGUCGGAGGCAGUGGAGAGAGCUCGGAAGCGCCGAGAGGAGGAGGAGCGCCGGGCCCGGGAGGAGAGGCUGGCCGCCUGUGCCGCCAAGCUCAAACAGCUGGACCAGAAAUGCAGGCAGGCCCAGAAGGCCAGUGAGGCACAGAAGCAGGUGGAGAAGGAAGUCUCCCCCUCUCCCAUCACUGAGAAGGCCUCCCCACAAGAGAAUGGCCCUGCUGUCCGCAGAGGUUCUCCAGAAUUCCCUGCCCAGGAAGCCAUCCCUACGUUCCCCGAAGAGGUACCCACGACUUCCCCAGCAGCAGCUCAGAGCAGCAGCAGUGAGGAGGAGUCCAGGGAGGCCGGGUCUCCUGCCCAGGAGUUCAGCAAAUAUCAGAAGUCCCUUCCCCCACGCUUCCAGCGCCAGCAGCAGCAGCAACAGCAGCAGGAGCAGCUGUACAAGAUGCAGCACUGGCAGCCCGUGUACCCUCCGCCUUCCCACCCGCAACGCACCUUCUACCCACACCACCCCCAGAUGCUGGGCUUCGACCCCCGGUGGAUGAUGAUGCCCCCCUACAUGGACCCCCGCAUCACACCUGCCCGAACCCCCGUGGACUUCUACCCAUCAGCCCUCCAUCCUUCAGGACUGAUGAAGCCCCUGCUGCCCCCGGAUUCCCUCACCGGGACUGGCUGCCGCUCUGAAGAUCAAAGCUGCGUGCCUCCGCUCCAAGAACGCAAAGUGGCCACCAUUGAUCCGGCCCCCGUGUGGAGCCCAGAGGGCUACAUGGCGCUGCAGAGCAAGGGCUAUGCGCUCCCCCACCCGAAGCCCACCGACUCCCUGGCUGUGGACCUCCAUGUCAGGAAUGAAAGCUCUUACUGUGCCCCCCCCGGAAGGUCAGGGGGCGUAAGUGCCCAGCGCGAUCUCUUUGAGGAGAGAGGGGAGGAGUACUUGAGUGCUUUUGACAAGAAGGCCCAAGCAGACUUUGACAGCUGUCUUUCUUCUCAAAGGAUAGGCCAGGAGCUUUCAUUUCCACCCCAAGAGAAUAUUCAGGAGGCGGGUGCUCCUGCGGGUCACACCCCAGGCCUCAGGUGUCCCCCAUUGGAGCCUGACUUUGUCCCGGCUGAGAAAAAGCCAGAGUAUAGCAGUUGGGACGUCGGCCAUCAGCCGAAGGCCACUGACACAGCCGAUGGUGCGGAGCAGGAGGUGCCCCGGGAGGAGCGAGCUUGUCACGUCUCCUGGGAUCAGGAAGGGAGCCCUGACAAACAGCCUGCCCCUGAGGCAGGGUGGAUCCCCGAGCCCCGGGGCUCCCGCAGCCAGCACCAGGAGCAGCCCGGCCGGACCCGGAGGUCGGGGCCCAUCAAGAAGCCAGUCCUCAAAGCCCUCAAGGUGGAGGAGAAGGAGAAGGAGCUAGAGAAGGUUAGGCAGGGGCUGAGCGAGGAGAGCACACGCCUGGCCACCGCCAAGGAGCCAGGCCCCAAGGCCCCAGAGGACGAGGACGAGGAGAACGACCCAGCGCUGGCCAACACCUCCCCCUCCGCCCUGGAGGACAAGGCCGCUGGCCAUGCAGGCCUGGGCCCCGAGGCCAGCAAGUACGAGGAGGACGAAAAGCUUGAGACAGCCCGGGAGACCAGGGCCUUGAGAGAGCCCAGCGAGCUUCCCCCACCAAAGAGAAACAACUGGAUCUUCAUCGACGAAGAGCAGGCCUUCGGGGGCCGAGGGCAGGCCUGGGGCCGGGGCCGGGGUUUCAGGGAGUUCUCCUUCCGAGGCCGGCCCGCUGGAGGAACGGGGAGCAGCCUGUGCGGUGGGGGGGUCCUCGGGGCUCGCGGCAUCUACGGCAGCAGCCCACGGAGCGGCCGGGGCCGGGGCCUGCAGGACUUCCCUCAGCCCGAAGACGGCCCCAGAGCCAAGCCCCGGCGCCGGAUCGCCAGCGAGACCCACAGCGAGGGUUCGGAGUAUGAAGAGCUGCCCAAGCGCCGGCGCCAGAGGGGCGCGGAGAACGGCAGCGAUGCCUCACUCCUGGAGAGGGAGGAGAGCGCCCUGAAGAAAGACUCCUGGCGCUCCACCAAGAUGUACCCCGACGAGCAGAGCAGCCUGGACGCCAAGAGCAGGGGCCCCCGGGCCUUCGGGCGAGCGCUCCCGCCCCGGCUGAGCAACUGUGGGUACGGCCGCAGAGCCUUCGUCUCCAAAGAGCCGCCCCACUGGCAGAGCCGAAGCCCAGGUGGCUCCUGGCAGGAGUACGGCUCCCCCGAACCGUGUGGAGCCCGCCGCGCCCCGGACCGAGACUAUAUCCCCGACGCCUACCGCCACACAGACACGUACGGCGGCCGGGCCUGCGAGGACGGCCGCCUCGACGACAAGAGGGCCUUCUUCCAGGAUGAGCACGGCGCCGAUCCAGAAAAUGCUGAGAACCGGCCCUUUCGCAGGCGUCGCCCCCCGCGCCAGGACAAGCCCCCUCGCUUCCGGCGCCUCCGCCAAGAGCGGGAAUCCCUGGUCCUGUGGGGACCCGAGGACGACCCCCACCUCCUGGCCGGGCAGUGGCCGGGCAGGUCCAAGCUCUGUCCUGGAGACAAGGGCGGCCCCGGGGGUCGCAGGUCCCCGGAGCUGUCCUACCAGAACUCCUCCGAUCACGCCAACGAAGAAUGGGAGACGGCCUCCGAGAGCAGCGACUUCAGCGAGCGCCGGGAGCGGCGAGAAGGCCAUGCAGCCGACCCUGACUCGCAGGGGGACAGUGGCCUACCUGGCGCCAGCUUGGGUGAGAAGAAGGAGCUGGCCAAGAGGAGCUUCUCCAGCCAGAGGCCCCUGGUUGACAGACAGAGCCGCAAGCUGGAGCCGGGAGGGUUUGGGGAGAAGCCCGUUAGGCCAGGUGGUGGUGAGACUUCCCCCCGUGCUGAGAGCCAGCAGAGUGGGACGCCUUUGAAAGCCAAAAGGUCUCCAGAUGAGGCUCUGCCUGGAGGUCUUGGCUGCAGCGGUGGGAGCGGCCACUCGCCCUACGCUCUGGAGCGGGCCACCCACGCUGGCUCUGACAGCCCCGACCUCUCUGGCGAGAAGGCCGAGAAGGAGGCUGCUCUGGCUGCUCGGAGGGUGAACGAACAGGAAGAGGCCCGGAAGCCGUUUGAUCUGAGCUAUGGAAAUGCCAUCAUUGAAAACUGCACAUCCAGCCCCGGAGAGGAAAGUGAGGUGGGCUCUAUGGUGGGUGAAGGCUUCAUUGAUGCCCUGACCAAGAAGCAGCGCCGCCUGCUGGAGGAGGAGAGAAGAAAGAAGGAGCAGGCUGCACAGGUGCCUGUGAAAGGCCGAGGCCUUUCUUCUCGCAUUCCUCCUCGAUUUGCUAAAAAGCAAAACAGCCUGUGUCUGGAGCAAGGCGAUGUGGCUGUGCCUGGCAGCAGCCUGGGCACUGAGAUCUGGGAGAGUAGCAGCCAAGCGCUCCCCGUGCAGCCCGCCGCUGGCGACUCCUGGAGGAAAGCGGUGACCGCCUUCAGCAGCGCUGAGCCUGGUUCGUCUGAGCAGGGCUUUAAGAGUAGCCAGGGAGACAGUGGCGUGGACUUGAGUGCCGAGUCCCGGGAGUCGUCGGCCACCUCCUCCCAGCGCAGCUCCCCCUACGGCACUCUGAAGCCAGAGGAGAUGAGCGGGCCAGGCCUGGCGGAGCCCAAGGCCGACAGCCACAAGGAGCAGGCUCAGAAGCCACCUGAGCAGAAGGACUCGGAACAAGGCCCGGGACAGAGCAAGGAGCACCGGCCAGGACCCAUCGGCAAUGAGCGCUCUCUGAAAAACAGGAAGGGCUCUGAGGGGGCCGAGCGCCUCCCCGGCGCUGGCGUGCCACCGGUGAACGGGGUGGAGAUUCACGUGGACUCGGUGCUGCCUGUGCCACCCAUUGAAUUCGGAGUCAGUCCAAAAGACUCUGAUUUUAGCUUGCCGCCACGUUCUGCCUCUGGUCCUGCAGGGAAUCCUGUGGUGAAACUUCAGGACGCCUUGGCUAGCAAUGCAGGGCUGGCGCCGAGUAUUCCCAUUCUCCGGCGGGACCAUCACCUCCAGAGAACCAUGGGCCUGUCCCCGAUGUCCUUCCCCACCGCUGACCUCACGCUGAAGAUGGAGUCUGCACGCAAGGCUUGGGAAAACUCCCCCAGUUUGCCGGAGCAGAGCUCUCCUGGAGGUGCGGGCUCAGGCCUCCAGCCUCCGUCCUCUGUAGGUGCCUCCAACGGGGUCAACUACAGCUCCUUUGGCGGAGUGUCCAUGCCACCCAUGCCUGUGGCCUCUGUAGCACCUUCUGCUUCGAUGCCAGGCAGCCACCUCCCACCUCUGUACCUGGAUGGUCACAUGUUUGCAAGUCAGCCCCGGCUGGUUCCCCAGACCAUACCUCAGCAACAGAGUUACCAGCAGGCUGCCGCUGCCCAACAGAUCCCGAUCUCUCUUCACACGUCUCUGCAGGCUCAGGCCCAGCUUGGACUGAGGGGAGGGCUCCCUGUGUCGCAGUCCCAGGAGAUCUUCAGCUCCUUACAGCCCUUCAGGUCUCAGGUGUACAUGCACCCCAGCCUGUCACCGCCUAGCACCAUGAUCCUCUCUGGGGGCACGGCCUUGAAGCCUCCAUACUCCGCAUUCCCAGGCAUGCAGCCCUUGGAGAUGGUGAAGCCCCAGUCCGGCUCCCCCUACCAGCCCCUGAGUGGGAGCCAGGCCCUGGUCUACGAGGGCCAGCUGGGCCAGGCUCCGGGGCUGGGAGCCUCCCAGAUGCUGGACUCUCCGCUCCCACAGCUGACCAUGCCGCUACCCCGGUACGGCUCUGGGCAACAGCCACUGAUCCUGCCGCAGUCCAUUCAGCUGCCACCAGGACAGAGCCUCUCUGUUGGGGCUCCUCGAAGGAUUCCUCCACCUGGCUCCCAGCCACCGGUCCUGAACACCAGCAGAGAGUCAUCUCAGAUGGACCUGAAAGGCUUCCACUUUGCCGACAGUAAACAGAAUGUGCCUACAGGAGGCUCCACGCCUUCACCACAGACCUACAGGCCUAGCUCUGCUAGCCCCAGUGGGAAGCCCUCUGGAUCAGCAGUUAACAUGGGCUCUGUGCAGGGACACUACGUCCAACAGGGAAAAAGAGUGGAUGAAAACCCCAGCCUGGGAGCCGUGAAGCUGCAGGAGGCCCCCUCGGCCCCCUCCCAGAUGAAGCGGACCGGAGCGAUCAAGCCUCGGGCUGUCAAGGUGGAGGAGAGUAAAGCCUGAAGGUGCCCGGUGCCCUUGCCCUCCCCCCUUGGGGAUGCCGCCGCCUGGCCUGGAUAGACAUGCUUGGGACCUCACGGGACCACAGUUCACCCACCUGGCCUACACUGAGAGCUCUCCUCUCCUCCACUCCAAAAGCUCCGUCGUCAGCCAGCUCGCACUGUGGAUACGUGGCAUUGACCUGCUUGCUUUGAUUCAAAACAAAAGAGCAAUGUCCCCCCGCCCCCAGUGACUGGAGUGAGUCGCCUUCGUGCAGUACAGACCCGCCCACCCGCCCGCCUGCCCCUCCCCCGGUACAGUGGCUUGGCAGCAGGGUCAUUUUAGCCGAAGGCUUUUUGUUUUAAGCAGCAGCUAAGGUUUUUACAAAGGGGAAAGGAAACAAAUGCCAGCUACGUCUGUAUAGCUGAACUUUUCUAUGUUCCUCGCUCUCCUCUCCCUGUCCCCCUGCUGUCCCAGUGAUCUCCUUUUACAUUUGUCCUGUUUGACACAUCACUGAAAGACCUUAAGAGAUGACUCUUAAGGAUGUGCCCCUGCCCCUGGUUGGUGAGCCUUUGGGGUUCUAAGGACAUGAUCGCGAGUGCUCUGCUUGUCCGUGUGGAGAGGUGAGCGGAGGGUAGGUAGGUGGUGUCUUGGUGGGGCCACAGCCCCCAGCCUGAGGUUGAUGACACUCUAACAUGAGACUCACACAUGUGUCUGUCUGGGCUCUUCUGAAGCCAGUGGGCAUGCUAACUGCCGAGUCCCGGAGAUGAAUAGUAGCGCUACUGUCACUGUCCUUCAGAUUGGGAAGGUGCGUGGGGACACCCGCAGGCCACAGAACUGUGCCGUGCUUCCGGGGCCCCACACCUUGCCCCGUGAGGCUGCUGUUCCCACUCACUUCCUUCCAGCUCCUCAGCAUCUCCACCUCCCCAACCCUCAUGGCUCAUCAGAGAAGCCAUUGACAGGCACAUGGACACCCCCUGGCUCUCUGAACAGAGGCAGUGCUCCCUAAAGCAGGUGGCAGGAGACUCUCCUCUUCCUCUUGUUGCUGUCUCCCCACAGUAGACCCAGGAAGCCGGGGUGCAGGGAACAGGGCAGCAGGCCAGACCUCCAUGGCGUGUCCUUACCAGUGAGCAAAGUCUGAGCCUUGGGGGCUUUCCUUACAAGCCAGCCUCUCUAAAAUGUUUCUGUGGGCCACAGUUUGGUAGGCUUCUGGCUUUUUAAUAAGAAAUGGGAAGAAAUCAUCCCUAACUCCAUCAUUCCAAGGAAAGAUGACAGGAAUUUCAGUUUCUCACAAGCUGUUUGGGGUCCUUUACACCCUCCAGCCCGUGGGAGCUGCCUGCCCCCCACCCCGCCAUGGUCCCAGAGAUCUGCCUCCAAGCAAAGAGACAGGCUAGGACACACCUGCCCUGGCUGUGUGCGCACGCGCGGCACUGUCACAUGGAGUCUGCAAACCCUGAGCUCCGAGCUACGUGAUGCAGUCGGGGAAGAAGCACCUGUGGUCUGUGCGCAGGUGGUUGCAGCGUCCCUCAGCACAGCGCCAUUCCUCAUUCCUGUUGGCCUCUGGCCAGGACAGUCCCGCAGAAAGGCCUUCCUGCCCCUCUCUAGCUCUCGGCCCCUCCCCCUGGGCCUCCGCCCCUCUAGCUUGUCGCCUUUUCUUCAUCUCGUAAGUCUUGCCCUGCUCGAAGGGCUGCCCAUGUAGUUUCCAGCCUGUGUCUCGAGUCAUUGCCAAGCCAUCUCCAGAUGAGUGGAUCAGCCACAGACUGAGCCACACGCAGUCCCACUGUCGCCUCCACCCGUCCUCACAGCCACGCCUGCCCACUUAACACUGGCGCACAGGUGUCAAGAGAACAAAGUUUUCUUGUGAAAUUGAACAGAACAGGCCUGGACGCUGUUACAAAUGCAAGAUGUACCUUCAGGUGAGCCUGCCCUCAUCAGUUGACAGUACUUCCGAGAAACAAACAAAAGGUCACCUGUUCUCAUCCCUCUCUCCCUGUACUUCUCUUCCCCACUCCAAAUAAAAAGAAAACACUAGAAUUUAUUUAUAUGUAUUGAUGUUGUAGGUCUAGGUGAAGAAGUAAAUGUUCCACUGUUCUAUUUAUAUAUAAUGUCUGAAUUACUCUGCAGGAAAGGCCGGGAAAUGGCAUGUCAAGGUUGGUAAGUGCACCACCUGUGUGACCUCAGCUUCGGGCUCCUGUCCUCUGAGAUGCACAGGAGGACAGAGGGCAGGCCUCCGGCCUCCUGACACCCCACCCUUUCCAUGGACUACUUUUAGUGCAGAGACAUUUUAAGGUGCAAUAUCUCUUCAUGUGAUUUUUAGAGCCAAGCUCAAGAUAACAGAACUUGGGGUGUUAGUUUGGUUUCAAACCCACAUCAGCAGACUGCAAGUCCGUGUAGGAGCUUCUGUUGGCAUGCCCAGCCCUCGCAGCCAGCAACAGAUGAUGGCCAGGCCCGCCCUUCAGAGGUGGAGGGUGGAGACAGGCUCAUCAUCGCCUCUGUCUUGGCACUGUGGUGGCUCCCGGCCUGGCACAGAGACUGUAGUGGUGGCAGCCCUUCCCAGGACUGCUCAGUGGAAUGAAGCUCCCUGUGGGACAUUGGGAACGGAGCAUCGGCUCACUGAUCCUCUGCCAGCCCUUCCUCUCCCCAUCUGCUUUCUCAGCAGUUGCUUUCCCUGUUUCAUUUGCAUUAUUGUUUUCAAACUUGGAAUUCAUAGAACACAUCUGGCCGAGGUCCCUAAAGGGGGAAUCUAAGGUGGUUUGUGACAGGUGGAGAAAGGCCGGGUCCACCCCAAGGCCAUGGUCAGUCACAUCCUUGGGAUGUUGGGUUAACUUGGUACAUACUGACACUGCCCUUCUAUCUUCUGGAUCUGCCUUUCAGUUUGUGGCUGGUGUGCAGCCCAUGUGGCUGGUGCGUGGCCUGUGGUGGGCUGGCCUGAGACUGCAUGGCAACUGGGGAUAAGUCCCGCCCCCGUCAUCCACUGGCUUCCCUCUGCCCAGUACCUGCAUGUUGCCUUGCCAAUUUUUUUUUUUUUUUGGUCCCUUUUCACUUCUUGCAGAGCUAGCCAGGGUUAGAGGGUCUGCUGGGACUGGCCUUUGACAACUGUGGAUAGUGGAGUGUGUGUGUGCUGUCGUGUUCUGUGAUGAAGGGAGUUGGGGGGGGGGGGGUACAGACUUCCAGGAAGCCAGUUGUCCUCAGAAUGAGGUGGACCCAAGGGACAGGAGGGGCUCAGUCUUGGUGACCACCACUGUUACCCACCCAUGUUCUCCACCAGGGCCACCAGCAUAGAUCUGAGGAGUGACCUUCAAGUGUUGGAGAGCCACAGUUCACUGUUUUCCACCCGUUUUGGUGGCUUCCAGGAUGGUCACAGCACUUGCAGUUUCUGAGUGGCAAUUCCGAGGACCGCGCAGGGCGAGAGCUGUCACUGUGCAAAGUGCACCUGUACCUAAGCUUUUGGGCCUCAUCCCUCGUGUAGUAAAAAGGAUUUGGGUGGUUUGUUUUUGAGAAACUUACGUUUUUGUUUUCGUUUCUUUUUGCUUUUAUUUUGGCCUAUCCUCUCUUUGUCUCUUCAUGUAGACCAGGUAUUUGAAAGGGCAGACGAUGGCUAACGGUGUACUGUGCAGCUUGUUGAUAUGUGAUCAUAGGAGAAACUGAUACCUCGGAUGGGAAAUGGAAUUGUGGGUUCACCCUCCCUUCCCUCCAGUUCAGAACCUGUUGUUUCUCCUUUCAAAUAUGUGAUUGUACUAGCUCUUUCCAUAUGAAAGAACUCUUCCUUAUUUAAAUAAAAAAAGUUUAAAAAUAAAGCUGAGCGUGCUUUC